AUGCGAAUUUCUUUGUAUCAUUCUUCAACAGGCCCAGUGUGCGUAGUAUCCAUCGCUGGUCCUUACAGAAAGGGGAAGUCCUAUAUAUUAAGCCAAGCUUUUGACCAACCAAAUGUUUUUCCUCUUGGACAUAAAAUGGAGGCUGAGACUAUGGGAAUCUGGAUAUGGAUUGUUCCAGAAAAAUUCAAGGUUUGUUUAUUCAUUGAGUUUGGCAGCAUCUUAUAAGAUAAAAGUAACCUUGCACUAACCGCUUUUAAUUAAUGAUGUCUAUUUUCAAAAUGUUGGGGUAGACACGGUAGGAAUCCGGUCGGAAGGUACGGAUCGAGACCUGGCUGGGUCGUUUUGCCGUUUUCUGAGGCAAGAAACUUUAGUCUCACAGCGCCUCCCUCCAUUCAGAAGUUUAAAUGGCCCGGUACCGGCGAACUGCCGGGAAGCCUGACGAAAUGCGAAAGGGCUAUCACUGUUAUGCAUGUAUUAGGUAACCCGUAUUGGGUGAGUGGCAAAUAAACCCGGUCGGGUCGUGCUGCAGAAACCGCGGGAUAAACUCCAACUGAACGGGCCACUAACCUCAAGUCCAGAGUUUACCUAUUAACUUUAUAAAAUUUGUUCAAUCGAUAUUGCAUUUAGAAUUCCAAUGGACAAGAAUUCACAGUGGUGUUACUGGACUCUGAAGGGAUUGACGCCACAAAUAGUGAAAACACUAAUGACCAUCAGAUCUUCACUCUAACAGUCUUGUUAGCGUCCGUGUUGAUAUACAAUUCGCAAGGUGUUCCGACACGAAGUGAUGUAGAGAAACUGGAAUAUCCUUGACAACUCUCCAGUAGAACAGAUAUCAGAACUACAGUUAAUAGGAUUGUCUGCAUAAAAAAAGCGGGCAAAAUUCCAGUUGUUGUUGAAGGCUCUGUAACAAGACAAAAUCGUUUGCUCUGUGUUCAAACAAAAGAUAGAAAAACGGUUGUGCACAAUCUCUUUUUGUUUUUUGUUUUUUUUUUAGUUUUAACACUGGAUUCUGAUAAAUAAACAGGGAGCUUUUAUAGGUCAUUGAGCUCAAAAUAAUGUGGGUAUCAGUUUUGGUUGACAUAUAUACCAUAGAGAUGCUCUUAUAUUCCUUGACGGUUUGCAGCUACAUAGUAAAACUUUCCGAAAGAAUUCAGACGCGAUCCACCGUCUCUGGUGCGUAUAGUCCCUCGCAAAACAGCGAGUUUUUCCAUAAAACAUUUCCCUAUUUCAUCUGGCUGCUUAGAGAUGUAACACAGUCUAUACCAGAUGACUGCAAGAACAUCAAAGAAUAUUUCUUAAAAAAGGUAAUCCUUGUCGUUCUCCUAGUUUUGGGAGGCAUACGACUGUUGAUGACACGUUUUUGACGGUGUAAGAAGUAGCUUAAUCCAUCCUCAAUCACCGGCCAUUAGGGAAGGAGGCUCUUUUCAUUAAUUUGUAUCGGAAAAGUCGAAACCAUCCAGAGGGAUGGCAUAGUAUCUGCUUGUAAGAUGUGUUUGAUGACGCCUAUCGUUGUUAAAAGAACAUAGUUAUCCGCAGAGGGUAAUCUCAUUAAAUACGAUAGAUCUCUACUCUCCUUUAGAGAACAAUAUCUUGCUUAAAGUAGAUCUUCAAAAUUCAAAUCAUAUGAAGUUCACAAUCUAUGUUCAAGGGUACCUGCCAUCUCGGUAUUUCAUUAGGAUAAUUCGGUUAUAUAGAACUUAAGGAUCAUGGGCUUCUCAUGCUUAACGUCAGGUUUUUAAAGGACAAGUUUCAUCAGAUGCGGAUAAUAAAACCGACGAAGGAGUAGCUGGGAGCAUCUUGCGUUUCUUUCCUGGCUUCGAUGCCUUUAUGUUGCCACCUCCAACAGUUGAUCCUGAGACAAUGAAAAGCUUAAACAAGACAAAAAGCAAAGUGAAUCAGUGGUUCUGGCGUGGCUUGGAGAGGUUUAAAAGCUUACUGAGGGACACUUUAUCCCCUAAACGCAGCUUCAAUGAUGGAGAGUUUGUCACAGGAGAAGGUAGACUUGCUUUUUUUUUUAACUGUCGCUUUAGAUAUCUACCAUGAAUGAGAUUAUUUUAAAUGCAAUAGCGACUUCUAACUGUGCACACGCACGAUCAGCGAUUCUUGCCUUCCUGGUAUGAACACCUGAGAAAGAAAAAUUUGGGAUACACGAAGGAAUAUUCAAACUAUCUACCUUUUUCAAAACUGACUUGAUCCGGUUCCUUUGAAGCAAAUGCAAGAAAUGUAGCCUGGAAAGGAAUCGUUCAUCUGAACAAUGCUGCAUUCGAAUCAGAGUGAUCAACGCCCAGAGAAAAAAUUGAUAGCAAUAAUUAUGAUGUUGACAAUGAUGAAAUAAUAAUAAUAAUAAUAAUAAUAAUAAUUAUGAUAUUAAUAAUAGUCAUCAUAAUAGUUAUAAUAAUUGGGAUGUGGCAAUUUGGUUAUACAAAAUGGAAUACUUCAAUAAAAUUUCAUUUUAGGUCUCGCAGCUAUGGUUCAGCUCUACGUCGACGCAAUAAAUGCUCCUGAUGCUAUUCCGAAUGUUCAAAGCGCAUGGGAGACGUUUGUCGAAGGCAAAUGCGCUGAAGCAAAACAGUCUACUCUGCAAAUGUAUGAUGCACUUAUGACGGCCCGAUUAUCGGAUGCGUUACCUCGCAGAAAUAAUGAUAUUCGUAUGUGCCAUAACGAUGCUCUUGAGCAAUGCGAGGAUCAGUUGAUGAUGGAACUUGCUGGAAUUUCUACAAAUUCAGUUGAAAUGACAACUAGAGAGUUUCAGGCGAGUCGCAAAAAGUGUUUGUUUUAGAGUUUUUUCACUAUCCUGAUUUCUUCUUGGUUCAUUGUGUCUUUUGAAAAAAGUGAAUUCCGCUGACCAUUGUGUAAGCCAAAUUUUCAAUCAUGGUUCAUACAUAGAAGAAAGUUUGUGUAACAUUUCUGCCAUAUCACAGAGUUCAUACAGUUGGAUUGCGGACAGUAACAUCUCAGUCAGUCGAGCCUGAGAAUAGAUGAUAAGUAGUUCUGUAUUUAGUAGAAUUACACCUCAGUGUCCGCCUACUACUUAAAAUUAUUCUCAAAGACAGCCCGGAGACCGUGGAUUGAAGUGAUUAUUUUUUCUCCUAAGAACCUCUACUUUUACCUUUAAUUUCAAACUUUAUUAUAACUACCGAGUGAAUUUGCGGGAAUUUUCAAACCAAGCUAGCGUUUUUAACGCUGUGUAAUAGACUGAUAUGAGGUCCGCUUCUAUCCGGACCGGGCCCAAGGGAAUUUUAUGUCUUGCAAAAGAGCCUGAAAAGUACCCUUAAAAUACCUUCAUUAUGAAUUAUUUCGUUUAAACAACGUUUUUUAUUUCCACAAACAGUUAUCAGUGGAAGCAAAACUGCUCUCUUGGCUGACUAAAAACGAAGAGCUCACGAGAAAAUCCUGCGAAAUUCUCUUACGAGACCUAAAAAAGAAUCAUUUGGACCCUGUAUUUGAGAAACUUUUGGGUGAGGAACGAGACAAAAUAUCAUUUGAAGACAUAAUUGGUGGAUAUCAGAGAGUUAAGGACGAUUUCCAUCAGUAUGCAGAGGGAGCUGAAGACGUUAUCGCCGCUGUAUUUUUGGAGCUUCAUAAAGUAAGGAACACUAAAGUUGUGAUUCAUUUAACUUUCAAUGUCAUUAUCAAAGAAGUAACCGAGGCUUAUAAGAACUGUGAAGUAUUGUGACAGUUUACAUGAAUUGUUACUCGCUCGUAUUUACCAGGAUAUGACAACAUGUUCAUUCUUUGAAAUGAUUCGUAAGCAUUUCAUUAAACCAACGACGUCAUAACGUAACAAAGCAAAGCAGAGCUCUUAUCUAGGUACGUAGAGAUCCAAUUGGGAACACCAUAAUUAUGAACAAUGUCACAAUACGCCAGUUUUAAGACAACUGGUUCAUGCUUAGCGUGCGUAUAUCUAGUUCUGGAUGCACGUGGGAAGUUUGGAUAGCACUAGAGAAGCGAGAGUUUUUCAAGGGGAAGCCGAAAGCAACCCGAGCUGUUGAGUAAAUAAAAGUAAAUACUCAAGCGCGGGAAAAAACGGGAAUGAUCAACAAACGUAUUCGAGAUAAACGAUCACCCUCUCUAGAGACUUCAACUUCCGUGGAAUAACGCUCUGCCUUAUGGGUGUUAUUUUAUAAUUCAAUGCUUAAAAAUGCCAAGAAAUGCUGAUAUGCUUUCUAAAGGAAAAUAGGGAACUCCCACUAUUGAAGAUCGACGAUCAGCCUCUAGAGCUUGCCAUCUCUCAUAAAGGGAUAGGUUUCUAACGAAACUGUGGUACUGCGUCGGCGGGAAAUUAUAGCAGUGUAAUUUGGUAUUAUCAAUUGAGUUGAUAACGGAAAUUGGCCACCGUAAAGAUUUAAAAGCUGACGUUUCGAGCGUUUGCCCUUCGUCAGAGGGAAUGGCGAAGGGCUAGCCCGCUUAACGUCAGCUUUUUAAGUCUUUACGGUGGCAAAUUUACGUUAUCAACUCAAUUGCUCGUAAAGUACUUCGACUAGAGAUUCAGAAUAACUUAAAGUGGAACAACCGUGUUGAUGCUACAGUUAACAUAGCUACUAAACGUUUCCAAAUACUCCUUGUAUUGAGUGCAUUGGGCGUCGAGGGUAAAACUUAGUCACAAUUUACUUAUCCUUGAUACGAUCUGCACUUAAAUAGGUACCACGCCCUUCCCUCUUGCUUCUCUGUAGAACGUAAACAGAAACGCACCUUCAAGGUCAUUGUACCUGCACUUUCACACAGAGAAGCUCUCCAAUAUCUAAAACUACCUAGAUCAGAUAGAAGACGAAGUGAACUUUGUUUGAUUACACUCCCAAAGUUACAAAGAUGGGGCCCAUUCUUCAAACAUCCCCCUAAAGUGAGGGCGUCUGCGCCGUUAACCAAACAAGAAACGUAAAAGAACUUUACAAUAUCAAAGCAUAGAGAAAGAUUACGUCGUAAUUUCUUUCCCAGUGCAAUUUUAUCGUUUAAUAAUCAAUAGUAUACUAAAUAAAUUGAUUAUAAUAACAUGCUAUAAAUUUUAUUUUUAAAAUUACUUCCAGUUUUAAAACUCAAUGUUGACGAAAACACUAUUAUUAUUGCUAUUAUUAUUAUUAUUAUUAUUAUUAUUAUCUAAGCUUAGUUCUGCUUGCAGUUUGAAUCAUCAAUAAUUGGAAAAUAUCAGUGGUUGAGGACAGUAUAAAAUAUUAAGCUUAACUUUACUUUAAAACGCUUGCAAUGCUUUGCACAUAUCUGAAAUCAUUCGGAUAAAGAUGCGGGUUUGGUCACUUAAAAAGUGAAAAUAUAUUCAUGUGAAUUAGAGAAAUAGUCCAGGAAAUAAACAUUGCUUAAUCUCGUCUCAGGAUCUGCUGAAGGAAAAGGAGAAAUAUCUGGGGAUAUUGGCACAACUGAAAGACUUUGACGAGGAGCGGAGCCGAGAAUUGGCUGCCAGGGCAUAUCAAGAACGUGAGAGAAAAAGGCUAGAGGUAGGAAUGAAGCCAGAAAUGCUUGUACAAGUCAAUGCGUCCAUCAUCUACAAGCCCUAGCUUCCAGGACAUAAGUCCAAAAUUUUUCCCUUUGUGAUUAGGAGAUCUUUGAUCCACCUGAUUGUCAAAGCAGAGUAUGCUUCAGUAAACGGUUCAGAAAAGUUUUAUUCCUAGAAAGAGUUAUUUUUCUCUCCACAGGAACAGCAGGCACGUCUUCAACAAGAAAAUCUUGAACAGAAGAAACAGGUAAAAAUAAUAGGUAUCUUUUUUUUUUAAGAUGUUAAAAAAAAAAGGGUUUCAAUAGCUGAAAACUUUCGCGAAGUUUUUGUAGAAUGUAUUGCUGGAAACCCUCCAUUAACGUGUAUCUCUCCCAUUAACAUGUUCCGUGUGAUUUAUUUGUCGGUAACUAUUGAAUUGUCAAUCGUUAUACACAAAAUUGUUUGUGACUAAGUUUUAUUGCUUAGUUGGUCAAAGGAUCGAACUGAGACCCGGACGUUUGAGUUCGAAUUUCAAUGAAGUUACAAACAUUUUUAAUGGUCAUGUGCCCCCAAAAACACAGAGAACCCUUUCCUUUCAAAUCGAUUGCAUGUAAAAAACGAGCGUAGUGAAUGCUGUUUGAAUAUUUUGAUAGCUCAUACGUGUAGGAUUAAGCGGGUCAGGAAAGCUUCUUUUUCCCAAGAACAAGAAAACCGAUAAAAGAGCAUAGUAUUAAAGAUCAUUUCUGGUUAAUUACAAAACUACUUUAUGUUCUAGGAAACAUAAAUUUAAUGAUAAGACAAAAAUUUAGGAGAGAUAAAAAAGGAACAUCAGAGGAGAGAAAGAUUCCGGAUAGAAUUUUAACACAUCAUUGUAAACACCGUCACCUGUUGUUGAGGAGAGUUUUUCCGAUCUUAUUUUUUUUUAACGCUUGUUUUGUGAUCAGAUGGAAAUGUUGAUUAGGAAUCUUGAUGAAGAAAAGAGACGCUUUGCUGACCAAAUGAAAGGCGAACGCCAGGCGCAUCAAGAUCAACUCCAAAAUAUGAUGGAAGCAUGUAUGAGACAAGCCCAAGGGAAACGCCAGGUAUUCAUGAGGGAAAACGAAGCUUUACAAGAACGAUUCCUGGCAUUCCAAGAACGCAACGAAGAAAACAUGAAAAUGGUUCAAAACCUGUCUGACCGAGCCGCCCAGCAACAGAAAGAAAGAGAAGCUCUUCGUCAACAGAUGAAGGAUCAAGCCGAUCAAGACAAGGAAGAUUUAAUUAAAGCGUUGAAUGAAAAACACGAUGAAGAAAUGAAGGCUCUACGGGAUGAGUUGAACGCAAAGUCAAAUGAGAUGCCUGAGCAAGUUCCACAGGAUAAAAUGAAGAGUAGUGAAACGGCUGAAUUGAUUGAUAGACGAACCAGAGAAGCAGAAGAGCGGCAAAGAAACAUAGCAGAGACUCGAGAGAGACAACAAGAAGUAGAAAAACCAGGAUUUUGGAAGAAAGCGCUUAAAGUUGUAGGGAAAAUUGCGCCUUUGGUUGGUCCAGUUUUUUCUGCGUUUGUACCGAGUAUAGCACCGAUUGCUGUACCAGUAGCUGCCUUGGCUGGUGCUACGUGUGAUAUUGUUUCUGACAACGUUUGCAGUAUAAUGUAAUCAGUUGGUAUGUAGCUUGCCUUCAUAGAAAAAAAUUCAAGGUUAUUUUAAUUCUAUGAACGCAAUUUCACUAUGGACCUCCGAGGUACUGAUUUGUUAUGAUUUAUAGUAUUUCUAUCUGCUGAAUGAAACCAAAACGUCAAUGUAGAUAACAAGAGAGGUUUCUGAUUGAAACCAGCGUGUAAAAUUCGUUUGCGCAUUUUGCGUGUUUUUUUUUUCCAUUAUCGCUGAUAUUUUAUGUCUUAAGUUUUUAUCUCGUUAGUGAAAUAGAGAUAUGUGUUUCGCUUUGUCACGUAAGUGGGACAAAGGAACAGUUCUGCGUCCCCAUUAGGAAUCAAACCUCAGACCUUCACUUCCAAGCUCCGAUGCUCUACAACUGAGCUAAUUAGACCACGAUGAGAAAGGCCAUUGCUAGGCCUUUUUAGGCUCAUAUGAGAUAUGCCUCCUCCAUACUGCAAGGAUAAGCAAUGACGGAAGCGUAAUGCGAGGGUUAUUAUAAAAGAAUAAGAGAGAUGGAAAGAAUUUAGAAUUUUUUCCUUUGAAGCACGCUCGUGACAAGGCGACACAUCCCUCUCGUUCAUUUCUUGUUUCAUCACAGCAUUACAGUAAUUAUAUAUAUUUUUCCUCCAAUGGCUUACUCGUGCUUCGGAUUUUGGUUGGUUUUUAAAUUUUCUACUCAACUCAGAUUGCUCUUUAGUGGUAAUUUUUAGGCGACAUCUAAAUGCCUUCGAUAUAUAGUUGCAGUAUAAGAUGCAAUUUCCACUGCUAGCACACAGUGCGGACCUAGGACCACUGUCUCGUGUGUCCAUUAUAGCAAGAGAACAAUAGGGUAUGGUGCAUUAAUCGUUCAGCACUCUUCAUGUGACAUUUAGAGAUCGCAAUGACAGAAAUUUAACACAACUCGUAGUUAUAUUAAAACGAAGUCGUUACUAAAGGUACAUUAAAGGAACUCCUAGAACUGAAAAAUACUAUCUGUACUAAUAUUCAAUUUACUUUCUAGCUCCAGUGUCAUAUUCACCUGUCCUUUUCAUACACCAGCGAUCAAAAAAAUCUGAGCACAUUGUGAGUUCAUGUGUCCGUCUCUUCCCUCUAGAGAGUGAGGAGCGCCGAGUUAUGGUGGUUUUUGGAAUAUCCCUGGACAUGCAUUCUGAAUUUUGCGUUUCCGAUGGGUUCAGCUGAAAAUGCAAUCUCUCCUUUUUAUUACGUAUCAGCCGCCCCCACGAGAAAUAAUUAACUCAUCUCUAAAAUGGCCCGGCGUUCGAAAAUCAAAAUCGCUAUAUUAUAAACCCACAGCGGAAUUAUAACCAGCCCCCUAUUAAUCCUACAAAAAUUCAUGCAAUCACAUUUCAUUAAAGCCCAGUAAACUUAAUUGCAGACAUUGGCAUCGUUGGGUAUUCAUUUCAAACCCCAGUUAUAUCGAAUUAGUAAAAGAGAAAUGGAUCAUAUCAGGAGAUUGUCUUCCUCCAAACAGUGAACUGUAUGAUGGAAAGUGAAUUUGGUAUUUUUAUCUUGUUUGUUUUCUCCAUUUUGUGAAAACACACCUCGUCUUGUGAGUCUCUUUAUUUGUUUAUGUCGAAUUUUGACGUCAUCUAUCAACUGUAAUUCAACAGACUUAUGACAAAAUGGAUCAAUUUGUUAAAUAUGAUGCUUUUUCAAUAUUAUUCGCCCCUUUGGAAAAGAUCUACUCGAUACUUUCAAAGUUUAAUCAUCACUGAUUAUUUUAGGCUUUUAUCAUGGUGACUCUACAUCGAUCUAUACCAGGGGAAAAGUAAGGACUGCAUACAACAUGUUUUCGCUCUAAUGUCCUGAGUGUAUUGCGGAUAGUAAAGAAGCAAGUUCUACAAAAAGACUAUUUGAGGUUUUUGUCGUAAAAUAAAAAUAAAAUGAGAGAAAAAUGAUUUUGAAAUGGGAAAUGGCGAGUUGUAUAAUAUUUCUUUGAAACACUCGUGUCAAACGAAAGCGAGUCUUAGAUCAAACUAAUAUAUUCAAGAUUAGAAAAAAUAGUCAUAUUUUUUUGUGAAAUUAGAUCUGAAGUAUUUAAUGAAAGCAAAGAAGUACACGUAUAGUCAACGGUGAUUUAUCAGUCUAUUCAUUACUUUCUGGUAAAUUUUAUGUUUAAUAUUUUGAGAUUUUUUUUUCAUUGUUUGCCUUUUAAAUUUUUUCCCGAAAAAGUUCAUAUCUGCCACAAUUUGCCACAAACCAGUCGCUCUCGAGGUAGUAACAGACCGUUGCGUGACACCUUUAAGAGGCCGUGACUGUAAAUAUCGAGAAUCGUUGGCCAGGCUAAAAAAAUCGAAAAUUCUGAUAAUUUGCCUGGAAAACCCUUUUAGAGAGAUACAUUCAAAAAAAAUUAUUUUAAAGUUUAAAAAAUCAAAUAUGUCCGAGGAAAUGGGGAAAAACGAAAAUUCGGGUUUUUACCUUAUUAAUUAUGCAAAAAAUACAGUAAAAUUAACCAACUUUAGUGUGCGAGCACUGAAGGAGGAUGUUUGGUAAGAAAUCGGGGGUAUUUUUACUUCAAAGUAUAAUUCAUUUGAUUUUUAUUUGUGGCAUUUUAAGGAGCUUUGGUUUAAUUUUAAAACUCACAUGAUUUUUUAACAAAGUGCUGUCAAACGCUUGUUGCAAAAAGCGAAAAAUCGAGCAACUUCAAGCCUUCAAAACGCGUCUUGGUAUGUGUGACAUCAUGUCAAACUACAUGCUGGCACAAAGUUUGGUCCUUAUACUAACACAAUAUGAAAUAAAAAAUCUGGGUAAUUCAGAAACGUGCCGGCAAAACAUAAAGGUUUGCAACGCACUGUGGCCAGAGGUCACGAGUUUGCAUGAUGCAAAUCAGUUGUAGAAAUCGUACCGCCUAACGGUUCUGGUGUAGGAAAGGCUCUUUUGACGGCUACAACAUGAAAUUUACAAGAAUAAUGACCAGUAUUUAAUAGCGUUUAAUUCGUUUUUAAGCCAAUGAAUUUUUUGUUUCAUUUCUCGUAACUGUCUUGACGAAAAGCAAAAUGUUUCAAUUGCGUGACAAUUUUCACGUUGGAUCAAAGGUUAAGUUGCCGAGUAAAGCGGACACAAUCCUUUUUUAAUCAAAACUCCAUUCUAAAGCAUCCAGUCCUAUAUAUCUCGUUUUAUAUUACUGGUAUAAUUUCUUUUAUGAGUCUAUAUCGAACAACAUCCAGCCGGCCUGAUCCUGUCUGACUGCCAAGUGCGGUUCCAAGGAGACUUUUUCAUUUCCGGUUUGCGCCUGUAAUACGGGGACCGCGGAGCUAUGGGGUUGAGUGGGCUGUAGCCCCACCAAUAACAAUUUGUUAUCAUUAUAAUUUAUUUAAUCUUUGAAUUAAAAAUUUGACAAAUUUUCCUUUGGAUUGAAACGCGUUUCCGGUGAUUUCAGAAGCUCUAGAUUUCAAAAUUUGCCGGGGGAGCAUACCCCAGGAUACCCUGUUAGCAGUCUUUCUGUACUAAGAAAGGCGUACUAAGAAACAGACAAAAGGAGGCCCUCCUCGGAGGGGAGGCCCCAGGGCCCUUAUAGAUAAUUAUAAGUUGGUGUCAAUGAGCUCACACUACGUGGGAACUGCUAAAGCUCCUCCGAUCCAAAAUAUGCUCCGCGGCCCCCGUUUUAUAUCAACGUUCAUAUAAAACUCAAUUUUUUGAAGCAGCCUUUUGCCAUUUGCCUUUUAAACUUCACUGCAAGAGCAGCAUCUAACAAGGUCUUCGAGCAGAGCGACGUAAGAUGUCUUUUUUCUAUGAUCAACCCCAGGUGGUAAUGCAAGAUUGAAACUCUCGCAAAGGAGUUUUAAGACUGCGAGUUCGAGAUUUUUGAGUGUUUUAUUCUUGACCAUGGAACAGUUGUACUGUUGGUAAUGAAUAGAAUGAGUUACAUUUAACCGCUCAAAAAUAGACUCCUUAGCAUUUGACAAAUUAAAUUCUUCCUCCAUAGCAACGAGAUCUUGCUCAGUUACAGCUUGUGCGUAGGGGGCUGUCUGCUGUUUCACUUUUGCUGCCAUUCUAGAAAAAAAUGAAGCUACUUGUUAAGUAAAAAAAAAAACUCAGAGACACUGAACAAGCGUUCCCCGUCAAUUCCUUUGCUCUUCUCAUUUCUGUUGCAACAAUUUCCGCGUCGACCUUCUUGCCGCUUUCUUGUCCGAUGGUAAGUCAGGUACUCUCGUAGCUUUUUGUUAAACCGGUAGACUUUCUUUACUUGUUUUAAAGCGAAGCCUUCAGGCAGUGUUACAUGUCCAGUGCUACGAGGACAGGUUUCAGGAGGUAGAGGAAUAGUUGGCACGGAACUUGAACCUUCCUCGAGCCUUGCCGCAUAUUUAACCUUCGCUUUACCAAGAAGUGUCUCCCUUUCAACCGUCUUUGUGCAUGUUCUGAACACGAGAUGCUUUUCUAGAGAAGAGUGCCGUUGGAAACUAUGCGUGCAGCCCUCCUUUGGACAUGGAAACACUUGAUCCCUAGUACAGUCUUUCAAUUCGACAAAGUCAGCCAUGUUUGGAUUUUCAGAACUUGCACCACAAGCCCCCCCAAGAAGAGAAGCAAAGCUACAGAAUGACAUCGUUUUCUGUUUAUGCUCUAUGAAAAACCUCGCACGUGUUUACCUUUAAGAAAAAGACCGUGGUUGCAUCAUAGAGAAUUAUCGCCCGGACUGCAACACGGUACAAUUGCUACCGUGACAGAAGUCCUUUUUAUCAAGUUUUAUGACAGAAAUGUGGCCAUUUUUCCCAAAAAGAUAAGAGUAAAUAGCAUAAAAAGGUUGGGCUGUUAUCUUGAGGUGAAAAACUUCACAGCAGAAGCUUGCGGUGUUGCGUGACUUUGUUUACUCACAUAACUUUUUCCAAGAUAUCCAAGAUAUUUCAAAAGAAAUAUUAUCGCAGUUGCAGAAAACGUAACUAUUCAACUAAGAACGAUGUCGAUAAUAAACCACUUGUAAAAAUGGUGAACUAUACAGCGGCCCUUAUCUAUAGUUAGGUGUAGGUAGUGCUGUUGAAAUAGCGAGUCGACAAUAACAGUCUCCUGCAAUUCAAAUUAACAGAAAAGUUCGUAUCUACACAUCAAUUUACAGCCCUCUUCAGCAAUGUCUGCGGAUUUUUUAUUCUAUAAUUUCAUAUCAUUUCCAUAUCAAAGAGUUUUUUAACCAUCUUUAACUAUCUUGUUUACUUCGUAGCUCUCAAGUACGAUUUCUACAACUAAUUUGCAUCAUGCAAAUUCUUGACCUUGGCCACAGUGCGUUGCAAACUCUUUUAUUUUGCCGGCACUUUUCUUAAUUACCCAGAUUUUUUAUUUCAUAUUAUUUUCAUAUAAAGACCAAACUUUGUGCCAGCAUGUAGUUUGAUAUGAUUUCUCACAUGCCAAGACGCGUUUUGAAGGCUUGAAGUUGCUCGAUUUUUCGCUUUUUGCAACAAGCGUUUGACUGCACUUUGUUAAAAAAAAUCAUGUGAAUUUUAAAAUUAAAUCAAAGCUCCUUAAAAUGCCACAAAUAAAAAUCAAAUGAAUUAUACUUUGAAGUAAAAACACCCCCGAUUUCUUCCCAAACAUCCUCCUUCAGUACUCGCACACUAAAGUUGGUCAAUUUUACUGUAUUUUUUUGCAUAAUUAAUUGGGUAGAAACCCAAAUUUUCGUUUUUCCCCAUUUUCUCGGAAACAUUUGAUUUUUCAAACUUCGAAAUAUUUUUUUAAUACAUCUCCCUAAAAGGGUUUUCCAGACAUAUCAUCAGAAUUUUCGAUUUUUUUAGCCUGGCCAGCGAUUCUCGAUAUUUACAGUCAUGGACUCUUAAAAACUGCUGACGGGUCGUGUAACGAUACUGAAAUAGCUUUGUCAUUACAUCGUCAUUGUUAUUCCUUUUUUUAUUGAUUACUCUGCACGUCACGUCCAAACGGAAAGCUUUCAGUUUCUGUGCGCAUUCAGAGGACCCCCAAUCGCCUUCCAAGAAGAGCCAUGGGUAUUCUCCAAAUUCGUAUAUCUUUCAGUUUCAGAGCAAGUCAUUAUUCAUUCACUGCAGAAUAAAUCUCAGAUUUAUCUAACAGCGAUAGAAGGGUGUCAUUCCUUUGAGGUGAGUACCAUAACUGUAUACUUACCUCACCAAGCGAGUGAAGUACAGUUCUUAUUUCAUUAGUACGUUGCUAUAUGGCUUGUUGUUCUGUAUUGGAUGUUGUUAUUCUUUUGUCGCCCACAGUUUCAAUUGAGGGGCAGGUUGAUUUUAAAGCGAAAUUGGAUCUAACCUUCAUCAAGAAGGUACUUUUAAUGAAAGAAUUGAAAUCAUACGAACCUGCACACUUUCAAACCUGUGGAUAAGUUGUGGGCUGUCUUGUAAGAGGCACGAAAAACUACUUUUAAGCGGAGUAAAGUAUCUUAAAGCUAGAUGGAAUUAAUUACUCAUGCAUUCCAAAUGCAUAGUUGAGUUUUAGAUACCACGGUACUGGAUUCAUAAACUAAAGAAACUCCUUUAUUUUUUUUUUUUGAAAGAGGGGGGAGUGGGUGAUUACGCCUGUACAAGUAAUCUUUCUUAUCUCUUAGCUUAGCAGAUGAACGAUGUGAAGAAACGCAAACCUCUGUGACAGAUAUCUUUCGUUCUAAUGUUAGGACUGUUUUGAUUUAAAUUGUAAUCUGACUUGCUACUUUUCAUUUUAUUAAUUCUUUAUCCUGACAUUCCAACUUCCCAUUUAACCUUAUUUUAUAAUUGGAGUCCAUGAAAUUUCUAAGGUAAUGAACAAAUGGUUUAUGAAAACGAUACGACGGCUCGAAAAGCAAAACAUUACCAGUUCCGGCUUUGAUCUCCAAGUUUCAGUAUAAACAUGUCACACAUCAGUGAUUUUUGACAAAGUGUGACUUGGCAAUUUAAUCUCAUGAAAUUUCAAACUUCUGUUGUAAGAAAUAGGGACCAUAAGAAAACCACGACGGCGACGGCAACGAGUACGUGGAAAAACAAAAAAUCUAAUUGGCAGAACUAUAGCUCAACACGCGCGUUUUAGAACUUUGUACACUUCUCAGCUGUCCUAUACAAAGCAACAACGUGAAAUCACCACAAUUUGCGUCGUCUACGAACCGAAACCGCGACGGCAAAUUUUUUAAAUUUCCAUUUGGAACUCAACGCUUCUUUUAUACGUUAUGCUAAAGUUGAGGUGUGGCACCGUAUGAGACGGUAAACAAAUGCAGCCAUUUUUUAAAUUCUAAUUUAAGGCAGAAAUUCAUUUUUAAUCGAAGUUUUCCUCGGCGUUGCCGUCCUGACCGCUUAAGGUCCCUAACAUCCUUUUGAAUGAAACUGCCAUCGACUCAAUAAAGGAAAGAGAUUUGAGUAAAUUUUUUCCCAAUUAUCUCUGCGAUCAUUGAUCCAAGCGUUGAAAAGAACUCGCCGGAGUAGAUAUUUAGUGUAGUCGUGAUGUAUUUCUGGUUUCCAUGCGAUGUAAUUAAAACCAAUUCUUCUCAGUUUUUAGCAAAAUUAGAUAAAUAAGAUUUUCAAAUAAUACCAGGACGUUUUCAUCAUAAACAUGAGCCAGUACCGUUCUGUUAUUGAGCAGUUGAGAGCAGCAUUGAUUUUCAAACAGCCUUUUUGAGUUACAGGCAUCUGAUGGUAAAACUGAGCCUUAGAACUCUAGCAUUUAGCUUAGUCCAGAAAAUUGCUAAAAGCUGUUGAGAAAUACACCGGCAUCUUUUCAUACCAUUUAUAAAGGAACAAACGGAACAAAAAAAAUUGUGGUAGCAUUAAUACAUCAAAGGAUUAGUGUUUUCAAAUGGCCCCACUGAAAAUAAGCACAUAUCAAUAGGAAGCGUAUGUGCUUUUACACUUAAUUUUUUAUUCCUGGGUUUCUUUCAUCAUUUUUAUUGACAGAAUUAAUUCGUAAUGCAACUUCGCGUAGAGCAAUUUAGGGAUAAUCAUGCAGAAAAGGUUUUAAGCCCUACGAAACGAUUUGUUACCUUUUUCAUUCCUAACUUCCUUUUUCCUGGAUUGUGUUUUCAAAAAACUGCAUUCCUUCCUGGUCAAUCAGAAUGGAGAAAUGUUUUGGAAUAAAUUUGCAUUCGUAAAUUUAAUUCAAAGACUGGCCCGUGCAAUUUUGUUGAUCGUUGAAAAUUCUCUUCGUGCUUAUUUCUCUAAAUAGCACUCGAAAUCAUGUGAUUGCCUGUACAAAUGGAUUGCAACUUUAUAUUGUUUCCUGGACUUUAGCGCGUCAUGUAACAUUUUAUUUAUUGUUCUUUCAGAAAAGAGCUGGAAACAUGGCGUCAAGAAAAAAUCAAAACAUUGCCAUUCCUCUUUGUUUACCCAACAACUGCCGGUGGAACGCAGCAACUGGAAAAUAUAUUAAAACCGGACGACAGCGAACGUCUCUGUAUGUGGUGGAGGAAGCGCUGAAGAAGCUUAAGACUGUGAAAGGUAUACUUUCUGUCCAAUGCUUCAUGGUCCUCAGUUUUUGCAUAACAAGUUUUACUUUUUAUAAAUGUCCAAGCUCUUACUGGGCGCAAUGGGAACUGCACACAUGUAAUCAUGAAAUAGAUAAGAGGAGCGUCAUGGCUACCCCACUUGCCUGCAUCUAACUAGGGAACGGGAGGGUGGGGAGACUGAUUUUGUUUACAGUUCACUAACCUGUUUUCGCACGCCUAAAAAAUUGCUUAAGUGGGGGGACGGGAGGGUGAUGCUCCUUUUUACUCUAUCGACAAUAAAUAUCCUUACCCAUCAAAUGUCGUCUGUGAAUGUAAAGUUCUCUACACACACACGUUCAAGGUAGGCAUUUGGAAGAAUGUGCAAUUGUUAGUAUAUGUAAUCACAUGAGGCCAAGUACUAUUAAGGAUUAAUUGCACGAGAGUUUUCAAAAUUUUCCAAAAUUGCCCGAGUCGCGAAGCGACUCGGGCAAUUUGGAAAAUUUUGAAAACUCAAGUGCAAUUAAUCCUUAAUAGUACGAGGUCUCAUGGGAUUACUUGUUUAUCAAUAAAGGGCGAAAUUUAUACGAAGGAAAAUCACGCGCGCAGUCUAUUUUUAUCUGGGAAGCCUGUUUAGCGCUACGGCAAAUCAUCAAUCAAAUUGAACUGACCAAUCGAUUCAAUGAAAUUUUAUUCUCCAAAACUGUGUCGUGAUACACUGCCAAAAGUCUAGAAAACAAAGCUCAUUUCAACAGAGUGUUUCUGCCAACAGAAAAACAACAAAGUGCUUUUAACUGAACAAGGUAAUCAUGCUCUCUCUUGAUUACUAAAAAUGCCCUCGAUUAAGAAAAAAUGCCCUCUCUCUCAACCAAUCAGCGCUCAGUAAUUUUGCCCUUUAUUGAUAAAAUAAUGAAACACAAAAAUGAUUAUUAUAGAAUAAAAAUGGGCAGAGUGAUAUCUGCUUUCGUUCGAUUCGGUUUUAUAGUUAACGUGGAUCUCGAGCUUCUCAGUUUAUCUUGAUAAAGUUGUUUUAGUUUCAACAGUAACUCAGAGGGGUCGCAGGUUUUUCUUUUAUAAUCCACGAUUCAAAUAUUUCGUUUUGCAUACUUAACCAAUCAGAAACACGACUUAGACGCACCACAGAUUAGUCACAUUACUUUUCCUACAAUUGACUGGUCAUAAUGAUGUUCAUUUUGAUUUGCGACUGUCACUAGAAGCACAUUAAAAAACUGCUUUUUGGCUUUAAAACUUCUCUUCUGGGCUGGAUCUUAAUCUUGGAGAUUAAAGUCGAACUCGUUUAUCAAAUUCGGUCUACCUGUGAUAAGGCUAAUAAAUUCCUUUGUAUGCCCAUAUAAUAAAUUGGUGUGACUGUUUCAAACGUAAUUUAAAGUGAUUUACAACUGCUAAAGUUUUAUCGAUAUUGAUUAAGAUAUGUUUCAUUACAUUUCCCAUGUGUAGGUCCCGUGUGUGUUGUAUCGAUCGCCGGUCCAUACAGAAAAGGGAAGUCGUAUAUUUUGAGCGAAGCUUUCGAUCAACCCGAGGUGUUCCCUCUCGGGCAUCAUUUUGAUCCUGAAACUGUUGGAAUCUGGAUGUGGAUAGUGCCACAAAAAAUGCGGGUGAGUUUACAUUAAUCAAGUAAUUAAAAUGCUUCAUCCAUAGCUUGCAGUUGCGUUACUGGCAAAACAAUGUAAGUGCUUGAAAGAAAGCUUCAACUGUUCAUUUUCUCCUGGUAACUGUGGCUGUAUCUUUCUCAUUUAUGGACACGAUUAUUAAAUUUCAAUUGGCAAAAGCAUCGCAGUUUUCGAACUCAUUCAGCAUUAAGGGUACAGGACAGAUGUUUUGAUUUGUAGACCAGAUUUCUAUGUCAAUAAAAUGUGUUUUAAUGACUAUAUUUAGGGCUUAUUAAUGUCGAAUUAACUUGUUGGAAGGUCCUUGUUAAAAAAGCUGAGGUGGGGGCAGGAGGUUCAAUUUCUGCACUGCUGUGUUCGGCAAUAGGAAAUUUAAGAGGAAACUUAAAAAAUGAAGAAUCACUCUUAUAACAUACAUUUUUCAAGAAAAAUUUGGCAUCCUUUGUCUGUGGAGACGUUGCGAUAAUCUCAAAUUUAUGAAAGCUAAGAAAUGUCAAAAUUUGAAAUCACUAUACCCCCCGUUUCUAGCCAAAACUAAGUUGCACUGCUUUAGCGGUCAUUUCAGAAUAGCAAGUUACCGCUGCCUCCAAAACAAGUUAAAUUGGAAUCACCCCUUCACACUAGAGCUUGCGCAACUUGAAACUGACUGUUUCUGUUUUUCAGGACUCCACUGGCAGGGAAUGUACCGUGGUCUUAUUAGACUCAGAGGGAAUUGAUGCAGUGAUGGGAGAAGGUUUGGAUGACAAUCAGAUAUUUACUCUCACUGUUUUGCUGGCUUCUGUUUUGAUCUACAACUCAGCAGGGGUUCCCACCAGACAUGACCUCAAUGGAUUGGAGUAUCCUUCACCAAAUACGUCAGAUUUUAGGGGUGGAGAAGUAAGCAGAGGAAGAGAGUCCAUAAAUGAGGCAUAUUUCUGUGUGUUCUUAAAGGCUUGUAUAAGUGAAAUACAGGCUCGGUAUUUUAACGGUUUUAACGCGUAUUCCAAGAGAAAAUUUCAUAUGGAUGUAAAAUUUAUCUUAAAAAAGGUUGCUGAAAAGCACUUGGAAAGCAUGUGUAAAUGACUUCGGCUGCGCAAAGUGUUCUCGCAUGAUUUUUAACUAGUUCUUGAAGCCUAUUCGCUAAAACCGAUGCAUGUACUGUAACUCUGACACGAACGAUCCGAUUUUUUGAUCACAAACCUUUUACUUAGCGUUGAUGGAUGAGUAGGGCUUAUAUCUCAAACAGAGAAUGGUAGUCGACCUUACACUGGAAAAACUAUCGUUAAAACGAAUUUUCGUCUAUCCUCUUCAGUAUGCAAGCGUAAAACUUUAACCCUUUGACAAUAGGAUUUUGUGCCCAAAAAGAGAACCAAGCUGAACAAAGAGGAGACAGAAAAACUAUCGUUCGCGAUAGAUGAAACGAAAACAUUUCUUAACAUUUCGCAGUUUUAUUAUGAAGUUGUCCCAACGAAUAAGACUUUGCUCCAACGACGGCAGUGUGAGCGCGAGCAGCCCUCGAGAGGACACAGAAUUCUUCCACAAGACUUUUCCAUUCUUCAUCUGGCUUCUCAGGGAUGUUACUCAGUCCAUUCCAACAGACUGCAGUGACAUUAAGGAGUAUUUCCUAACAAGGGUAAGGCGACUCAUUUUGAAACAGAAAUGACAAGAGAAUUAGUCAAACGCUUCCCUGAAAAACUCUUUGUCACAGCCGCAGAAAUACUGAUUAUAUCACUGUUUUCUCGGAAUAGACUCUUACAGUUUGUUAUAUGAACAAAAUAACCGAGUAUUCGAGAACAUGGUUUUGUUUCUUGGUUGUAAGGUUUAUUGUUUAACUUUUUGGAGAUGUACAGGUUUUUAAAAUGGAAGGAACUUGGUUUUUUUUCUGUUUUUUUUUUUUUGUAACUAUGUAUAUAUCUCUCUGCGAGUCGUCUAAACUUAGACGUUCUCUUAACUCGACCAAAAAUAAUGAUAAAAUCUUUCUUUAUUCUUUGCAUACAGUAAUUGGAUAAGUCUGCUCAGUUAAUUUACAUAUUGACUUUGCUUAAAACGUAGUCGUGUUCUAUACACAAAGAGGGACUGAUUGACUGGUUUACCUUGAUUACAGUGAUCACUUAUCACAUUGUAAUGUGCUCCAUAUCCUCAGCGAUGGGGAUCUAAAUCUUGUUUUGGCUUGUGAUACAAACGUCUCUAUGAAAGCGAUGACAGAGGAUCUUGGUUUUGUCACAAUAAAGUUCCCCUGAUGACCCCUAAAAGACUCUGUAAUAGUCUUGUGACCCUCCCCCACCCCUUCAUUGGCAACUAAUUGGCAGUCAAUUUUCCAUAGUAUCCCCUUCAUGCUCUGUUGGCAACGACUGAUCCCCACUCCGUUCCCCACUGAAAACCAUCUUCCCUCCAGAAUCCUUGGCUCCCACCCCAGGAGAAAAAGACUGGUUCCUUAUUACAACUGCUUUUUAAACCAACCAGGUUUUCAAGGAUCAAGGAAAGGAACGGGCGGACCACACCCAACGAGUCGCUGAAAGCAUUUUGCGUUUCUUCCCCGGCUUCGAAGCCUUCAAACUGCCACCACCAUCUGUAAGUGAAGAGGUCAUGAAAAACAUCAACAGAAACAAAAGUCAGAUCAACAGUGAGUUCUUCUCUGGGAUAGAGAAGUUCAAGGUCUUGUUGAAAAGAACUCUUACUCCUAAGCACAGCUUCAACGACGGAGAACUUGUGACUGGUGAAGGUAAAGGCUACUAUUGCAUCUUCGUUUGGCUUUCAUCUCCCGUGAGAGAGCAACUCGUAACUUCUCUCAGAUUUCUAUGUAAUUUUCAGAUGAAAAUUACUGGUUUUGAAGACAAAUUUCGAGGGAUUAGCUUGAUCUCUAGAAUCUUAAGUCGCCGCCUACUUCUUGAAUUAUGGGAGUCACAAUCUUAUGCCAUGCUUUUCUAUUUUAGAUUAUUUUUUACACCGUUUGUCUACUGUAUACUUUUCUAAUUAAGUAUGUCCUUAAACUUAAAGACAAUUUUCAUUCCUCGAUAACCCACUCUGUUUCCAGGUUUGGCUGCCUUGGUUGAACUUUACGUGCAGGCCAUCAAUACUCCUGGAGUGAUUCCUAAUGUCCAGUCAGCUUGGGACGCAUUUGUAGCAGAUAAAUGUAAUGAAGCAACGCACGAAGCCAUGAAUGUCUACAGCGCCGUCGUGCAUUCACAACUGUUCAAUCAGCUGCCUUGUGACUCCGAAGACAUUCGUAAAUGUCAUGAAACUGCUCUUGACCAAGCAAUUGGUCAGUUACAAGCUGAAACAAUCGGAAUAUCCUCUAUUACAACCGAGAGGUACCUCAACGAGCUAGUGGUAAGGAGUUUUCACACAUUGCUUAAACAUUCCUCAUUCAGUACUUUGGAGUAAAAUGAUACCGACGAACUUUUGCAAACUUCGUCCAACAUUUUUGUGGGGAUGAAUAAAAUUUUCGAUUUGUGGUAGAAUUCUAACAGGACAAACUCUUUAUGAUUUGACUCAAGGUUUCGGAUCUUGGUGAAAUAUUUAAAAGCAGCAGAGUACCUGGUCCGAAAUCGAGUGCGGUGAAAAUAAUAGGUUGUGCAGAAGCAUUUCCAAAGCAAUGAAAUAUCCUUGGUUCUUCUUCCACGAGGCUCAAGACUUUCCUCAAGCUUUCCCGACGCUUGUCGUUACACAUUUUCUGAUGACUAUUUUUCGUGAACGUUUCCGCGCCAGGUGGAGGCUACUGCUUGUUAAUUUCAUGGCGGCAUCUAAUUGACCUAACUCUAAUUUAUAAGCGAUAAAUAUUUAGUAACUGUCUGGUUAUACAACCAUGAAUGCCACGAAAUAAUAGUUACAGUGCUUCCCAACAUUCAUUGUUGGACUUACUGGGGGAGAAUGUUCGUAAAUUUCAAUUAUUUUGGCACAAGUUACUCACAGAAACAACAAAUAAAUGUCCAGUUAAAGUUUGGGAACAAACAACAGCACGCAAAGAUGAACACUGGUAUUUACUGUAAAUAUAAAACGGCUUUUUUUUAUUUUUUAUUUUUUUAUUUCUCAGUCGUUUGCUGACCGAGAUUAUGUCACGUGGCAGACUGAGAAUGAUCAGUUUACGCGAGAGGCUUGUGACGCUCUCCUGAAGCAACUCAAAAAGCAACACUUGGAUCCAAUCCUCGACCAGCUCCAUGGAAAGGAAGGCGCCAAAGUCAUGUUCGAUGACAUUGUAGCAGGUUACAAAAAGAUUGAGCAGGACUACAAAGCUCGUGCCACCGGAGCUAAACAAGUUUGUGCUGCUGUGUUCUUCGAGUUUCAUCCGGUAAAUAGGGUUUUUUACUUGGAAUUAAAAAUUCAGACCAGAAAUGAGACAAAUUAAUGAGGUUUCUAAUCUGUCUUCCUUUUUGUUUUCAUUGACGUUAAUAGUUUAACGGACAGCGAAAAAAUACAAACCAAAUUCAGUUCCUUUAAUACAAGUACAUUGCGAUUCUUGGUCUUAGUAACUAUUAUGUUGUUACAAGAGAAUAUAACUUUAUAAUCUCUUGGUAGUUACCACAAAGAAAACCAACAGACAAAGCAACGAUGUAAGCGAAAGUUCUACUUUUAUCACAGGAACUUAUGACAGAAAUGCAACAAUACUUGGGCGUGCUGAAACAAUUAAAGGACUUUGACGAGAACUUGAGUCGAGAAAUUGCCGCCAAAGCCUAUCAAGAGCAAGAGAAGAUAAAACUUGAGGUACUGAUGACGCAAUUUUAAUCGACUUAAUAAUCAUAUUACUUUUUAACGGAAAAAAAAAUUGAGAAUGAUAAAUGCUAGGAACGGAGAAUAGGAAAUGAAGAAUAGGGAAAAGGGAAAUGGGAAGAGGGAAGAAGAAAGGAAAAUUGGGAAUGGAAAAUGGAAUAGGAAUUGUUUUUGUUAACGUUCUGCGGCUAAAGAAAAGGAACGGAAAAUAACAUCCUAUCUUCAACAAACUUAAUCAACUGAUUAAUAAGAGAACAAAAGCCGAUUGAAGUUCAUGCUUUCUUUCUCUGUUCUUUGUCAAAAACAUUGCUAUAUUAAUUUAGUUUUAAUGGCGAGGAUAUAGAAUUUCAUCAUCUGCUAAACAAAGCCUAUACUGAUGUGACUUUUCGUUCUCAUUUAAGGAGGAACACGAACGUUUACAACAAGAAAAUCGUCAGCGCCAUAAGGAAGUAAGACAUUUUAAGUCAAUGUCAGUAUCUGAGAAAUUCUAAACCUACCCCCCCUCCCCCCCAACUCAACAACAAUCAAAAAAUAACAAGUUAGGGUUAAUGUUGGGUCAGGGGAGGGGUAGGUGUGCAGUUGAUCAGAUUCUGAUAUUGAUCCGACAUUUUCACAACCACUAAAGAAAUCACUCCACGCUUCAAAAAUCGUCAAAUCUAUCAUUUGACGAUUUCCAUUUGUGCAGAUCACAAAAAGAGAAUAAAAGAACAAAGAGGACCAUUGACUGCUUUUUGUGAGUUUUGCCUUCUCAGACGGAAGCGCACACUCAUUCCAGGGAACUAGGUUUUUUGAGUAACAUCCGAUUUGGUACCAAGGCAGAUGAAAUAAAAACAAAAAAGAGGCUGACAUCUUGUCUGAACGAGUCCUGGUGCAGGGGCCGCCCUCUCUGUCUGCUUAUUUUCUCUUGGUUCCAUUCCAAUGUAAUUUUAUGAUGUGUCAACUUAUAUUGAUUAUUCCUUAAUUUCUUUGUUAUAAGAAUAUUACCUCAUAAUAACUUUAUCUUCAAAUGCCUCAAAAUAUAUAUUUAGAGUGAAUAACUCUAGCAAGAAUAUAUCCCACUAGGUGUUUUCUGUGAAAGAUUUUUCAGUAUUUUUACCAGAAAUUCAUUCUGAGUGACUGAGAAAUUUGAUGAUUUUAGCCCAGAGGUGAACAAGAGUAGAUGCCAUAAUAUUUUUCAUCAUGACUCUCCUAUAGCUAUCUGACCUGAACUUUUUCCUGUCUGGUAAUUAGAUGGAAAUGCUGCAGGCAAAACAGGAGCAAGAAAAAAAGAGACUCCGUGAACAGAUGGAAGCUGAAGCAGCGGUCCAACGACAACAAAUGGAGAACAUGGUAAGGGCGAGAAUGAUGGAGGUUGAAAAACACAGACGAAAUUUCAUGCAAGAAAACCAAGUACUCAGCCAACGACUUGCACAAAUGCAAAAAUCAAAUGAAGGCAUGGAGAAGACAGUGGAGAGCUUGAGACAACAGCUGCUACUCAAUCAGAGCCGACAACGGCAAGUUCAAAAGCCGGGAUUCUUUGAUAGAGCGCUGCAAAUGAUACCAGUCUUGGGCGGGGUCGCUAGCACCUUAUCAAAGUGUAGCGUUAUGUAAAGCUUCUAAAGUUAUCCCUUAUCAUGAACACUGGUUCAUGAUAAGAUUUCAUUUUUAAGUAGUGGCAUUAUAUCAGCUUACAGUUAAUUAUAAUUUGCAACGAGUUAACAACCUUAAAGUUAUGUAACACGUUUCCCGCCAAUGGAUAUGAUGUUGAUUU